AUGGGAAAAGUUAAAUAUAUGACUUCAUCAGGUACAGAAGAAGAAUUUGAUACAAGUGAUGAAGCUUGUGAGAAAUUUGGUUUCUAUCCAGGUUCAAGAGUUAUUACUCCAAAAGGAAGAGGUUCAGUGAUUGGUGUAAGAGAAGGAAAUAUAUGGUUUCAUAUAGAUAAAGAUAAAGGUGCAUCAUAUUGGGACAAUGCUACAGAUUAUGAAGCUUUAUUAUUUAAAUUAAACUUUAGAAUAGAUGAAUCAGAAGAUGGUAUUGCUGACAUUGGAGCAAAAUAUAGAGUAAAAAGAAUAACAUAUAGAGGUAGAGAAGUCAAGAUUGUACUUCAAAAUGAAAAUGGACCAUGUCCACUCAUUUCAAUUGGCAAUGUCUUGUUGCUACAAGAAAAGAUUGUAAUAGAUUCUGAUUCAAACCUCAUUUCACUCAAAAGACUUGGUGAUUUAAUUAUAGGUCAUGCUAAACUUUUAUAUGCUGAAGAACCUGAUAUAUUACCAAUUAUUGACGAUUAUGAAAAGACUGUAUUACCUAGUUUAGAGACUGGGUUGAUUGUAAAUAUAAACUUUAAUAGUAUUUCUGGAUUUGAAAAGACUGUACCAUGUCAAAUCUUUGACUAUUUGAAUAUCAAAUUGGUACAUGGUUGGAUAAGUGAUCCAAAAAAUACAGAGGCUCAUAAUCUAAUUGGUAGUCUUACUUAUAAUGAAUUGGCUCCUAAAAUUGUAACUUUUGAACAAAGUUUUCCAAAUGCAAAUUUAGGUACUGAAGCUCAAAUUAGAGAAUUAAUUAAUUGUCAUCAACUUACAGAUUAUGGAUUAGAAUUGAUUAGAAGCAAUUUACAAGAUGAUGAAUUGUGUGUAUUUUUUAGAAACAAUCAUUUUGCAACCAUGACCAAACAUGAGGGCAAUUUGCACAUUUUGGUGAGUGAUGUUGGUUACGAGACGGAACGAGCCAUCGUAUGGGAAAAGAUAGUGUCGAUUGGUGGAGAGAACCUUUUCUUGUCGGGUGACUUUAAAACUAGAAAAGAAUCAGCCUUGGAAGAGGUACGUUUAAAUCUUUUGGCCAUUGGCUACAAGGAAUCAGAAGUUAAAGAAGCAAUGGAUUUUGUCAUUUCUUCAAAUGAUGCAAAUGUUGAACCUUUUGAUAUUGCUACAAGUUUUAUGAAUAGUAAACAAUAUGUUCCAACCUAA